AUGGCCAGGAAAUGGCCUCCAGGGGAAGAUGUGAAGGAGCACGGCCUAGAGCUGGGGUUCGGGGCCCACAGGGGGAGACCGCUGCUGCUGCUCCAGGCCCGGGUGGGGACAGGAGGCCGACAGGAGCUGAUUGGGGCCGUUGGGGGGUCGGUCACCUUCCCCCUGGACAUCCCAGUGGGGCAGUGGGUCGAGAGCAUCAACUGGACUUCCAAUGAAGCCGUUGCCAUGGUGAUCCCAGGAGGACCAGGAAACCUCCCUCACAUCAUCAAAACCUUUCAGCGGUACAGGGGACGAGUGAGUGUCCCCACUGACGGCUACUCCCUGACCAUCAGUGAUCUGGACCUGGGGGACGCGGGGACUUACAAGGCGGAAAUCUUACCCAGGACCACUUUCAGGACUUCGGAUUACUUCCUACAAGUCUUCCAGCCCCUGGAGGAGCCCACGGUCUCAGUUAGGCCCACAGGGUGUAACGGCAGCAUCUGCAGUGCCUUCUUGACCUGCUCUGUGGCUGGGGAAGGGGCCGGCGUGAUGGUCAGCUGGUUGCCCCUGGGGCUGGGGGCCACAGCCUCCUCCAAUGGCUCCAUCCUCAACAUCUUCUGGAGGGACAGUUACACGUGCACCGCAAGAAACCCCGUCAGCAACAGCUCCUAUACCUUCCACACUGACUGGCUACACUGUCCAGGGUCCCAGAAAUCAACACUCACCGCAGUGAUGUGGACACUCCUUCUCAAGGGGCUUCUCCUUCUCGGGCUCCUGGGGGUCCUGGCAACCAGGCUCACCCUGGGGCAGCUCCCUUUGUGAAUCCGACCCCCCACCAGAGAGCACACAGAGCUCAGAGGCUCCAGACUCUCCCUGCAUUGUCCAUCCUCGCCCCCGCCACAGAUACGGAAUCACUCGCCUUUAUGUCUCCUGUC